CAUCCUGUCUCAUCUUCAAAACUCAACGAGCAAGAUUCUGUAAAGAAAAAAGAUAUGAAGCUCAACUAUUCCGCCAUUGUCAACCUUCUCAUCAUAUUACAAUUUCUAUCACUAGAUUGUUUCUCUCUCAGUCAGGACUUUGAUUUCUUCUACUUUGUUCAACAGUGGCCGGGAUCAUAUUGUGACACAAAGCAUAGCUGUUGCUAUCCGAAAUCUGGAAAGCCAGCUGCUGAUUUUGGGAUUCACGGACUUUGGCCUAACUACAACGACGGCUCCUACCCAUCAAACUGUAAUCCUGAUAGCGUCUUUGACAAAUCUCAGAUCUCAGACCUGAAAAGCAGUUUGGAAAAGAAUUGGCCAACACUGUCGUGUCCCAGCAACGACGGUACAAAGUUCUGGACACAUGAAUGGGUCAAACAUGGCACCUGCUCCGAGUCCGAACUUGACCAACGUGAAUACUUUGAGGCAGCUCUCAAAUUGAAAGACAAAAUUAAUCUCCUCAAAAUUCUUAAUAUUGCAGGAAUUAAAGCAGAUGAUGGGUUCUACGAAUUGGAUGAAAUUAGGAAAGCAAUAGAAGAGGAAAGUGGAGUUAGUGUUGGAAUAGAAUGCAAUGUGGAUUCAUAUGGGAACAGUCAACUGUACCAGAUUUACAUGUGCGUUGACACCUCUGGCUCCCAGUUCAUACAAUGCCCAUUGCUACCAAGACAUAGAUGUGGCUCCUCUGUUCAAUUUCCCAAGUUCUAGGUCUCUUGUGUUUUCCCUUAUAUACAUACAUACAUAUAUAUAUAUAUAUAUAUAUGUAUCUAUUCACAAUCCCAACUUCUAUUGACUCA